GGCCGAGGGAUGGGCUUGGAGGGUCCCGGGCCGAGCAGGGGUCCCGCCCUUAACUCUAGCCAGGUUCCCACUUCAACCCGCCACGGAUCUCCCGGUCAGCUUAAGGGGAGGGGAAAACAAGAGAAGGUGGAGGAAAGCUAACUAAAUAAGAAAACAAGCCAAGGGGCGAGCUCUGAGUUACACUUGGGGGCAGAAGUGCUGGACCCUGGAAGACCCCUGCCCAGCUUCGCCCCGCCAGCCCCUCGGUCCUCCCGCAGCCAAGCCUGGAGAACUGGCACUUAUUAGGCGACUGCUGCGUGCCGGACUCCGGAUUAAAAAGGGAGGGAUGGUCGCCGCCAGCCAGCCUGGGGUCCGGCUCGCGAGCCCCCCGCCCCGCCCCUGUGCCCCGCCUCCCGCCAGGUGCCGCGAUCGGAGCCGGAGGCCGGGCCGAGGACAGCCGCAGAGGCGGCCCAGCGGUGCGGGUACCUACCUUACCUACGGGGGUGACGAAGGCAGAGGCCUCGCCCGCUCCUCCGACCCCUGCUCCUCCAGGCUCGGGCGCAGGAUUGAGGAGCGGAGGCGAGGCGACGGCGGCUGCUGCUCAGGAGCCGGGAGCCGCGGACUCACUCGCUUACAUCGCCGAGCGCACGCACGCACACUCACUCACACACUCACAAACACACGCGCGCGCGCGAGUCCACGGGGAGUCCGGCCCCCACCACGACUUCCCCGGAGUCACCGCCUGGGCCCCCUCCCCUUGGAGGAGGGGCCAACGGUGGAGAGGAGCCGCCCCGACCCGCCCCGGCAGCCCGCCGGCGUGGGAAGGGCUUUCCCAUUGGCCCAGGCGACCGUUUGGUUCUCCGCCUCGCGUUCAUUGGCCAGUGGGAGGAAGCCGUUCGCUACCAUAAUUGGUCCUGGUGGCGUCGGUGAUCUACGCCCACCGUCCGUCAAUCAAGCGACGCUCCGCCCCUGCUCCUCUCAGCUCUGUUCCCUAUCCUGGCACUCAGUUGCGCACACGCCCCCUGCCUCCUUCCUUGGCUGGUCGCAGGUGGCGGGUGCUCCAGCAUCCAAGAGAAGCUGGCUUGGGGAAAGAAUCUAUUACCUGGAGACUCCUGAUACGAACUCAUUAUACCUUGGAUCAGUUUACACCUGCUCAAUUCCUCACCUCCCUGCGAGCCUUGGUGACCCUGGAAAUAACCUCCAUGCCAACCUUUCCCUAGAGCCCAACAUCCCUGGAGAGGGGAGAAGAGAUGAUCGCGUAGUGGUAUCAACAAUGGAUGAAAGCGCACAAGUUCUGGCGGAGGAGAAAGAAGAUCACAUCAUUCCCCCCCUCCCCCCUUCCCCUCUACCAACCUUGGUUGCUCAAUAAAAGAUGGCAAGCCUUAGCCCUUUGAUGCCUCUUCCACUUUGUUUCUUUUCCUUAGUAGACCAAAUAGCAAUCAUGAGGAAAGGGGACACCUCAGGAGCUCCUGUGUUCUUUCUAAACCAGUUGUACUGCUAAAGGUGUUCCCUGCCCCUACCAUAACAUUUUUCUAGGGAGAGGAUAACCAUAACACCCCUCAAGAAGACAAACCCAAACCCUGCUAGAAGACAAACAAACUGAGGUGAUAAGAUUGAGCAGGUAAGAGGUAGAGUAAU